AUGAGAGAGGUAGAAAGCCGGUCCGAAAAAGGCCUGCAGCUUCCGACGCGAAUCCGCCGCUGGAGAAGCUACCAGCCGGCGUCGAAUAUCGUCUACGAAAAUGAUUUGGAUGCAGACAACACGUCGCAGACGCCAUCAACAAGGCCAUUGAGGAAAGGGAUCGAGUUGGAAUUCGUCAACAUUGCACAUCCGCUUGAUGCCACCUCUUCGGCCACCAUUUCCAACAUUCGGUCACACGCAGCGCGAGAUAUUCAUGCUACGCGUCGCGCGUCGGCUUUGCGGCUCAAGGGAGGCGAGAGGAAGAUAAGAAUGAAAGUAGAUGCUGGCGGAGACUCUCAUUUGAGUUUAGCUUCGCCGGUAAAUAUAGCAAUCCCCGUAUACAAUGGCUUGCUUUAUUGCUGUGCCCGACCUAUAACAAAGCUUGAGCAAUUCCUCCUCGACUACUAUGCAACAUCAGUUAUCCCAAACGCCGGACUUUGGUGUCCCCAUGGCGAUGAGGAGGCGCUGUUCCGUCAAGGCGUGAAGCAAUAUUGGCUUCCCUUUAUCAUCACAGACAGUGGUUUGUUAGCCGGCAUAUUUCUAUCCUCGUGCCGUAACCUCACUCUUCGUGAGCACCAAGCACAAGCGGACCACGAUUACUUUCAAAUUGCAAUGAUGUACAAAGUCGAGUGCAUCAGGUCUGUAAAUGCGGCUAUUGCCGCCGAGAGGCCCAUAAUUAGCGAAGCUACAAUUGCGAAAACGCUGAUAUUGUGCGCAGACGAAUUUCUAUGUAAGAAUUUAAAUGCUACAGCUCUGCAUUUUGAAGGUAUGAGCAAAAUGAUCAAGUUAAAGGGGGG